AUGCCUCUUCACCGGAAUCAUGGAAGAAAUGGGAAAAGUCAGGGAACUAGGUUUCGACGAAUCACUCGACAUGCUCCGAGCGAUUGGAAUUCAAGGUCGGGUUGGCUCUUGAAACAUUCGUUAAUCGAAUUGGAAAAGGGUGUAGUUGUUAAUUUGGAGAGAGCUGUGCAACCAUCGACACAAAUGGGUGGACAUUUCGUGCAGGGGCAUGUGGAUGGAACAUGGGAGAUUGUUUCAAUGAAGGUGGAAGGGGAUUCGUUGUGGAUUAAGGUGAAGACGUCGCUGGAGAUUUUAAAUUUUAUAGUGGCCAAUGGGUUCAUUGCGGUGGAUGGAACUAGUUUGAUAGUGGUGGAUAUGUUUGAUGAAGAGGAGUGUUUCAAUUUCCUGUUGGUGGAGUAUACACAACAUAAAGUUGUGAUUCCACUAAAAAAAUUGGACAGAAGGUGA